AUGAGACUCGCCCAUCCUCUCACAUUGGCCCUCGCAGCACAGGCUGUGCAGGCCGGCCCCUCGCGGCCGCUGGCCGAGGACGAGGUGCUCGUGCCGCUGAUGGGCCCGCGGCAGGCCGGCUCGGCCAUCAUGGUCAACACGGCGACGACGUACCAGACCAUGGACGGCUUCGGCUUCAGCCUCGCCUUCCAGCGCGCCAACCUCAUCACCAACAUGCGCGACCCGGCCAAGCAGCGCGAGCUGCUCGACCUGCUCUUCAACGCGACGACGGGCGCCGGCUUCACCAUCCUGCGCAACGGCAUCGGGUCGUCGCCCGACAGCAGCUCGGACCACAUGAACACGUUCGCGCCCAGGAACCCCGGCGGGCCCAAGGCGGCGCCGCAGUACAGCUUCGACGGCAAGGACAGCGGCCAGCUCUGGGUGGCGCAGGAGGCGGUCAGGACGUACGGGGUCAAGACGAUCUACGGGGAUGCGUGGAGCGCGCCUGACUGGUUCGCCUUUGGACUGUGGACUUGGGCUGACCGGCAAUCAUGGAAGGCGUAUGCUGAUUAUCUCUUGGCUUGGGUUGGCUUCUAUGCCGAGGCUGGGGUUAAUGUGACUCACAUCGGAUUUCUGAACGAGCCGGAAUUCGCUUCGAGCUACGCCUCGAUGAACUCCAACGGCAACCAGGCGGCCGACAUGAUCAAGGUGCUGUACAAGACGAUGCAGGACCGCAACAUGACGGAGCAGCUCGGCAUCGCCUGCUGCGAGUCGGAGGGCUGGGGCAACCAGGUGCAGAUGCUCAACGCCAUCAAGUCGGCCGGCGCCGAGUCCAUGCUCAAGGCCGUCACGUCGCACACGUACACGAGCGGCGCCUCGGGCCGCAUGAACACCAAGGUGCCCGUGUGGCUGUCGGAGCAGUGCGACCUCAACGGGCAGUGGUCGACGGCGUGGUCCGGCGGCGGCGGGGCCGGCGACGGCCUCACCUGGGCCAACAACAUCAUGAACGCCGUGCUCAACAACAACGUCGGCGGCUACCUCUACUGGGAGGGCGUGCAGUGGCCCAGCCCGAAUACCAACGAGAAGAUCAUCAAGGUCGACAACGGCACCAACACGUACGAGGUCGCGCGCCGCCUCUGGGCCUUUGCCAACUUCAGCCGGUACGUGCGGCCCGGCGCGCAGCGCGUGGCGACGACGGGGGGCGGGGGCGGCGGGCUGCGCGCGGCGGCGUUUAGCAACGUCGACGGCACGAUCGCCGUCGUCGUCAUCAACGGCGGCGGCGGCGCGAGCACGGUCAGCGUCAAGGUCUCGGGGCAGACGCCGACGGCGGCGUCGCUGUACGUGUCGGACAACACCCACAAGUGCGACAAGGUGGACAGCUCGGUGGGCGCCGACGGGACCGUGAGCGGCUCCAUCCCGGGCCGGGGCAUCGGGACUAGCUUGCAAACCCUUGUGAGUUGUGAGGGAUUGGUGGACAGCAUGGGCAAGCCAACGGUAGACUACUCGCUCUACCUCGUCACGGACUCGACCCCGGCAAUCCUCGGAGACCGUGACAUCUGCGAGGUCGUCCGGGCGGCCUGCAAGGGCGGCGUGACCAUCGUCCAGUACCGGGACAAGAAGAGCGACACCGGAGUGCUCAUCGACACGGCCUCUAAACUGCACGCAAUCACGAAGGAGUACAAUGUACCGCUUCUUAUCAACGACCGGGUGGAUGUGGCGCUGGCCGUUGGCUGCGAAGGCGUGCACAUCGGCCAGGACGAUAUAAGUUAUUCCGCGGCAAGGAGAUUGCUCGGCCCGGACGCCGUCGUCGGUGUCACGGCCAGCACGUUGGACGAGGCUCUGAGGGCUUGUGAAGACGGCGCUGACUAUCUCGGCGUGGGCACCGUCUUCGCUACUCAAACGAAAAAGAAUACGAAACAUGUCAUUGGCACCGCGGGCCUCAGAGAGAUCCUUGAUGCCAUGAGUGCAAAAGGCCAUGGCUCAACAUCAACGGUAUGCAUCGGUGGCAUUAACGCCUCCAACCUCCAGCGUGUUAUCUUCCAGAGUACCGCUCCGAGCAAGAAGCUGGAUGGCGUGGCGAUAGUCAGCGCCAUCAUGGCGGCUGAAGAUCCCGAGAUUGAGUCCAAGAAGCUGCUCCAACUCGUCAGGUCUCCUCCCUCCUUCCGGAAAGCGGUCGAGGAGGCCCCUGCCAAGGUGUCCGACGUCAAAGAUAUCUUGGCCCAGGUGCCGUCGAUCAUCAAGGCUGUCCAUGAUACCACGCCCCUAUCUCACAACAUGACAAACCUCGUCGUGCAGAACAUCGCCGCCAACGUCGCAUUGGCUGUUGGGGCUUCACCGAUCAUGGCCAACUACGGAGAGGAAGCUCCCGACCUCUGCAAGCUCGGAGGCGCCCUCGUGAUCAACAUGGGCACCGUCACACCAGAAGGCAUCGAGAACUACCUGAAGGCGCUCAAGGCGUACAAUAGCGUCGGCCAGCCUGUUGUCUUUGACCCUGUUGGCUGCGGGGCCACGGCUGUCCGCCGCGCAGCCGUCAAGACCAUCAUGGCGAGCGGCUACCUGGACAUCAUCAAGGGCAACGAGGGCGAGAUCCAGACCGUCUUCGGCGCCGCCGGCCUCGCGCAGCAGCGGGGCGUCGACAGCGGCUCGACGCUCGACGCCGCCGCCAAGGCCCGCCUGGUGCGCGACCUGGCCGCCCGGGAGCGCAACGUCGUCGUCAUGACGGGCAAGACCGACUACGUCAGCGACGGGGAGCGGACGUACGCCGUCGGCCACGGCCACGAGUACCUGGGCCAGGUCAGCGGCACGGGCUGCUGCCUCGGCACGACCGUCAGCGCCAUGGCCGCGGCCCGGCCGGCGGACAAGCUGCUGGCGGCCCUGGCCGGCCUGCUGCUGUACGAGGGCGCUGCCGAGAUCGCUGCCCGGAACGAGGCCGUGCGGGGGCCGGGGACCUUUGUGCCCAACUUUAUCGACGAGCUGGCGAGGUGCAGGAAGAUGGCUGCCGCGGGAGACAUGAGCUGGCUGGGCGAGCCUAGAGUUGAGAGGCUUUUGUAG